GCAUGCAAGGGCCGUUGUCAUCAAUUCAUUCACUUUUCAACAUUAUAUACAUGAGUAGGGGUAGUAACAUGCUGCAUGGGACAAUCAAAGGGUGAUGAUGGCAUAAAUCUAUCCGAGCAUCUGUGCAGUAAAAGACGCAAUUAGAACGCUAUGGUGAGAUCAGCGCAAGAAGGCAACCGGAUAUGGCCACUCGUAGUGGUACUUCGAAGCAGGGGAACUCGACGUGAGGCAGUAUUCGACCCAAUUUCGGGUCACUGUGGGUGCGACCGGCCGUUCACCCAUCAUUGUUGGUGCCAUAUUGCCGCAUGUCUUCCUAGACAUGCUGAUGAGUAUGGUCAUACAUCAAUGACCGCCGCGAGAUAAGCCUGGUCGCCGCUGAGUUGGGUACAAGACAGGGAAA